CAACAACCUUCGUGUUUACUCUCCUCUUCUUCUUUGCUUCUCCUCACUCGCGCGCUCCGCGACAUGCUCCCUGCGCCGCGUCGCCAACCGCCAUGACACAUCGUCCACCAUGAUUGAGCCGUCAAUCCGUAUCCGCCGAGCCAUCCACGCCGACGAUGCUCCCCUCCUCCGCCGCAUCCUGAAGUCCCACCCCUCGCUCAUCCACAACCCCGACCCGUCUCCCUUGGGCCUCUCCAACUCGAACCUUCACCUGGCCGCGUCACUGGGCCACCGCGAUAUCUGCGCCGUGCUCCUCGACCUCGGCCACGAAGAUCCUUGCCCCGCCCUCAACGAGAGCCACCAGACGGCCCUGAUGCUCGCGGCUGCCGGCGGCCAUACCGAAGUCGUCCACCUGCUGUGCGAGAAGGACAAGAGCUGCAUCAUCCGCCGGGACAUCCGAGGCCGCGAUGCCGUCAUGGAGGCCAGCCUCGGCGGACACGACACCAUCCUCCAGCUGCUCUUGACCUUCGUCCCUGGCGGACCAUACGACGCAGUGCGCCGUUCCGACGUCGAGGGCAACACGGCCCUGCACUUUGCCAGUGGAAACGGGAACUUGCUGGUGCUGCGCACGUUGCUAGCCGCGGGCGCCGACGUGGAGAAGCGCAACAUCUGGAACUGGACGCCUGCUGCAUACAGCGCCACUGUCCAGGCGGAGGUCUAUCUUAAGGGACUGGUGUCCGAAGUUGGAAAGCGGCGGCAGUUGAAGCGGGAGGCUGAGGCGUCCAAGAAGGGAGCUGGAGUCCGCGUUGUCGAAACGAAUAGCGAUGAUGAAUAAGCCUAUCACUGGUUCCACUUGGAAGCUGGGAGAAUAGAGGCUGGGCCUGGUUGGGAUUGUUUGUCUCCAGCAUAUCUGAAUCACCGCCACCAAAUGUUGAGUCGCAGCACAGAGAUGACCGGAGUCCGCGUGGUGUCCGCUUGGCCUUCACUCUGGAACACUCUCCCCCAACGCCACACCGCAAUCACCACCUUUACCACUCAGUCAUGGCUGCAGGGCAGCACUGGACUACCCUUUAACUGAUGAACUCAUGACAUAUUUUAGCCUUGCGAUGCUGUUUACUCAAUCAACUGCUUUCAGAGUUCCUUGUGAUCUUUUUGAUGGUCCGUUCUG